UCUUUUUAGCGAGCCCAAUGAUCCUACAGCAGACAGGUGUACCCAUCAUAAGUCCUACUUUGUGCAAGCAGAUCUGGGGUCAGAACACUAUCACUGAUGCUAUGAUCUGUGCUGGAGCCUCUGGUUCCUCAUCUUGCCAGGGUGAUUCUGGUGGUCCUCUGGUGUGUGAGCGUUCAGGGGUCUGGUCUCUGGUGGGCUCGGUGUCCGCAGGAACAAGCAAUUGUGACACCCGUUUCCCUGGAAUCUACGCCCGAAUCUCCCCACUGCGCUCCUGGAUCGACAGGACUAUCGCUUCCAACUAGAGCACCAUUCUGAGUGUUUAUCCUCCAGAGAAAGAGCAUGCAGUUUUAAGUCAUUAAGAUGUAAUACAGCUGAUCUAUGUUGG